AGGCGGCCUCGCGCGGCCUCCCCUGAGGGAAGGUGUCGGGGCGCAGGCGGGCCCUGAGCAGCCUUUCCUUUGCUACCAGUCUCAAGGUCCGUCCUUCGCGGCUCUGGCCUCGCUGCUCUUCUUCCAAACACGUCAGGAGCGCCCUCGCAAUCCGGGCCAAGCCUUCUGCUAGACCUGGUGCUGAGGGAAACGUGUGGGCUAGCGGCUCCCAGAGUUAUUCGGCCGGGAGACGGGCUUGUCGGGAACUCGCAUGAUGGGCCCUUGAGGACGGGGAGAGUCUCCCAGAUUGCGCUGCCGAGCAGAAUCCAUCAGGACCCAUCGUACACCGGCUCCAGAGAGACAAAGACACUUCUCAGGCAAAAGGCAGCUCUCCACCACAGCUGCUCCAUACCACGCACCUCAAUGAAUGCAGCCUUCAGGGCUUUGCCCAUGCUGUUCCAAAAUCCCUCUGUGUACGGCCUGUCGCGGAUCACCCCGCACCUGUACCUCAGUGAUGGCGCCGCUGCCAACAACAAGGUCCUGCUCCUUGCAAAUCACAUCACCACUGUCGUCAACGUCGCCGUGGAGGUGGUAAACACCAUCUAUCCAAACAUCGAGUACCUGUGCAUCCCUGUGGUAGAUUCCCCUGUCUGCUGGAUCUACGGUUGCUUUGACCCCGUAGCRGACAAGAUACACAGCGUGAGCCUGCGGCAGGGCCGAACGCUGCUGCACUGCGCCGCGGGGGUCAGCAGGUCGGCCGCCGUGUGUUUAGCCUAUCUCAUGAAGUACCAGUCCGUGUCUCUGGCAAGCGCACACAAGUGGGUCAAGGCUUGCCGUCCCAUCAUACGACCCAACAACGGCUUCUGGCAGCAGCUCAUUCAGUAYGAGCAUAAGCUCUACGGUACCAACACGGUCCGAAUGAUCAACACUCCUUUGGGAACGGUUCCUGAUGUCUACGGAAGGGAAGUAAGAGUAAUGCUACCGUUCUGAAUACAAACCAGCUCUGUGACUUCUUGGCAAGGAAUCGAGAGAAGGCCAAAGGCCUCUCUUCUAGCCCUGUCUUGGAGCUUUGAAAAAAUCCUCUUCAGAUCGGAGCAAGUUGUCACCUGAAAUCUCUGCUGGUGAAAGUAUAGGCAUCAAUGAUAAGAGCUGAGACUUGUGUGUUUUACUAUAAAUAAAAUCAGCACAAUUUAAACUCUGCAGUUAGUUUUCACACAUCAUUUAUGCUGGUGUGCCAACAGUAACUCUGAAGCCAAAUGUCACAUGUUUAGAAAGGGUUGUUUUAUU